CUUAGGCACACAGCUGAUCCAAGAUGGCGACACCCAUGCUUGUUUUGAGGAAACUCGGCUGAAGUUCAUGAUAGAGCAACGUGAAAGGAAUAUAUAUAGUAAUAUAAUCAUCUUGGGAUAUUUUACUAGUCUGAGCCCGAUGAUCUGGCAAAUCCUUGCUAGGUUUAUAACGUGUUUUCAGAGACGGAACACAGGAGUUAGUGCAACAUUUUGACUGUCAGUAGACGGCUGAUGUCCAGGUUAGGUGUGGUGUUUGGUGGCUCCCGUGGCAUCGGGCGAGCAGUAGCCCAACUGUUGGCACAAAGGGGGCAUCGAGUUGUGGUGCUCUCCAGGAACCAGGAAGCGGCACAGGCCACAGCGGAGACGCUUUCUGGAGCGGAACAUGUGGGUCUCAGUUGUGACGUUUCUAAAGAUCAUGAGGUGCAGAGAGCAUUCGAGACCAUCACUAAGACCUGCGGCCCUGUGGGAUACCUGGUCAAUGCAGCAGGCAUAAACAGAGAUGCAUUAUUGAUGAGGUGUAAAUCUGAGGACAUGGUUUCUGUUCUUCACACCAACCUGCUCGGCUCCAUGCUCACCUGCAGGGCAGCGUUACGGAGCAUGCUCACUAACGGAGGCGCUAUUGUCAACAUAGGCUCAGUGGUGGGUGUGAAGGGAAACGCUGGUCAGAGUGUGUACAGUGCCAGUAAAGCCGGACUCGAGGGCUUCACACGCUCUCUGGCCAAAGAGGUCGCUUCUCGUAACAUUCGGGUCAAUUUAGUAGCUCCAGGACUCAUUCGGACAGACAUGACAGCAGGGCUGAACGAAGAAGAGUACGGAAAGAGGAUUCCACUGGGUCGCUUCGGUGAUCCGCAGGAAGUGGCUCAGGCUGUCAUGUUCCUCCUGGAGUCUCCGUACAUCACAGGACACGUCUUGCUGGUGGACGGAGGACUACACCUGACCAUGUAGCUCCUGAUUCAGACUCUGGUGAUGGGGCUUGCAGUGCAGCAGCCUCUAGCAAGGAAGCUUUUCAGAGUUUCUAAAAAUGAACUACAAAGAGAGGACAUGAAGAACCUCGUGUGGUCACAUCGCAGGAUUUCAGAUCAGCCCUCCAGGAGAGUCUUUGUAAACAUGAUCCUAAUUGUCCGUAGAGUUCUAGCGACCAUUUAUGUGAACCAUCUCCACGUUGUGGUUCUACUUAAAAUAGAUGCAUUGCGUGUGUUCGGUCAGCUGUAUCACCCCACAUGAUGAUUUAAUGGACGUUUAAAAAAACAUUUGCUAACCGCAGUGCACUCAGUACCAGCAUUCAGGAACAUGACCUACAGGCUUUAACAAUUUAGACAUCUGGAAUUUCUUUCUGAAAUAGUCUUAUAAAGUGAGUUAUCGGUCAUUUCAGAGCAAGGCUGUCCAAUCAUAUCUGCAAAGCAGCAGUGUGGCUGAAGCUUUUCAUUCCAACCAAGCAGGAGCCUGGUGUUUGGUUGAAAUGAAUAAUGUAUGAAUGUAGUCACCUUUGACUGGACCUUAAAGGAUAAGACUGGACAUCCUCGACUUGGAGAGAUUGUGCCUGUCUCUAACUCCCUCUCAGAAUAAAGCUUAUCACUGUCAGUCAUAGUGCAGCUUCAUUAUUCACUGCAGUAUACAUUACUGCCAAAAUAAUUGGUUUCUUCUUUGCUGAUAGAACAGCUUUCUGUCUUCUUAAACUGAUUAUUAUUGAGGCUCAGUACAUUUGUUUUAAAACACCUUUCAGUACAUGUGAGUCCACAUAACAUAAUUAUGUUGUUGAAUAAAGCUAAGUCAAAAGUAUGUGACCGUUAUACUCAUACACUACUCAUAAAAAGUUAAGUUGAACAACACAGGCCUAAUUUCAUCAUCAUGGACGACAAUGCUCCAGCUCAUCGAGGUCACAUCAUUAGGGAACUGCUGGAGGCUGGGGUACCUCAGAUGGAGUGGCCUGCACUUUCUCCAGACUUGGGGUGCCUCAAGAAGAGUGGAAUGCCAUGCCUCAGCAGACAAUAAAUCGACUUGUGAACAGCAUGAGACGUCGUUGUCAAGCUGUAACUGAUGGUCAAGGGCACAUGACAAAUUAUUGAGACAUUGAGAUUUUUUGUUGUGGUAUACCCUCCACUGUUGUUGGCUUUUGUUUCAAUAAAUUGUUUGAGAUGAGGAAAUCACCAUUGCAUGCUUCUACUUAAAUGCCCUACUUUCAUGAUAUAAUAUCACUGUAGCGUGAACUUUUUACAUUUUCCAUAAAUUUCACCCAAAAGCCAAAUAUCCUUAACUUUUUGUGAGUAGUGUAUGUGUUU